AUCGCACGCUGUUACCGACGCGGAGAAGAAAAAAAUCCCAACAGUCGCCAUGAUACAGCAGCGGAAGCGAGUGAGAAGUAGCUAGAAAACAAAAGAGAACACGCAGUCGUCCUCGCGAUUUGGUAUGCUCUUGCAGUGUUAUAGGAAUGCCCAAGGAAAAAUAUGACCCGCCGGAUCCCAGGCGGAUGUACACAAUAAUGUCAACCGAGGAGGCAGCCAACGGGAAGAAGUCAUACUGGGCUGAGCUGGAAAUCAGUGGCCGAGUAAGGAGUCUGAGCCAAGCCCUCUUCUCUCUCAACCAUCUGACUGCCCUGCAUAUUGCUGACAACUCCCUGUCACGCAUUCCACCAGACAUUGCCAAACUAAACAACCUGGUGUACCUGGAUCUCUCAUCCAAUAAGAUCAGGAGCCUGCCGGCAGAGCUUGGCAACAUGGUUUCUCUCAGGGAACUGCUUUUAAAUAACAACCAGUUGCGAGUUCUGCCAUUUGAAUUGGGGAAACUGUUUCAGUUACAAACACUGGGGUUGAAAGGAAACCCACUUGCACAAGAAAUUAUGAACCUCUACCAGGAACCCGAUGGCACGCGAAGACUGCUCAACUACUUGUUAGACAAUCUGGCAGGGGCUGUCAAGCGCAUACCAACGGAGCAGCCCCCAGCCCGGUCAUGGAUCUCACUGCAGGAACCAGACCGAACAAGGCCCUCGGCCCUGUUCUCUGUGAUGUGCUACAAUGUGCUGUGUGAUAAGUAUGCCACACGUCAGCUUUAUGGCUACUGCCCCUCUUGGGCUCUAAACUGGGAGUACAGGAAGAAAUCCAUCAUGCAGGAGAUAAUGAGCUGCAAUGCUGACAUCAUCAGUUUGCAGGAAGUUGAGACCGAGCAGUACUACAAUUUCUUCUUGCCUGAGCUGAAGGAGCAGGGAUACGAAGGGUUCUUCAGUCCAAAGUCACGAGCCAGGACGAUGUCUGAGUCUGACCGUAAACACGUGGAUGGUUGUGCAAUUUUCUACAAAACCGACAAGUUCAGCGCAGUGCAGAAGCACACGGUGGAGUUCAACCAGCUGGCCAUGGCUAACUCCGAGGGCUCGGAGGCCAUGCUGAACAGGGUGAUGACAAAGGACAACAUCGGCGUAGCUACGCUGCUCGAGGUCCGCAAAGAGAUGAUGGAGGCCUCCUCUGGAAAGUCCCUCCAUGGCAUGGAGAAGCAGCUGCUCCUGGUGGCCAACGCCCACAUGCACUGGGACCCCGAGUACUCUGACGUCAAGCUGGUCCAGACCAUGAUGUUCCUGUCCGAAGUGAAGAACAUAGUGGACAAGGCCACGCGCAGCCUCAAGUUGUCCUCCGUGUCUGGGGAGAUCAAUGCCAUUCCACUGGUGCUGUGCGCUGACCUCAACUCUUUGCCUGACUCUGGCGUGGUGGAGUACCUCAGUAGCGGCGGGGUGGACUGCACCCACAAGGACUUCAAGGAGCUUCGCUACAGCGACAGCCUGACCAAAUUCAACUGCAACGGCAAGAGCAGCUCGUCCAACGGCCGGAUCACCCACGGCUUCAAGCUGAAGACGGCCUACGAGGACGGCCUGAUGCCUUACACCAACUACACCUUCGACUUCAAGGGUGUCAUCGACUACAUUUUCUACUCCAAGCCUCAGCUGAACGUGCUGGGUAUCCUGGGCCCCCUGGACCCCCACUGGCUCGUAGAGAACAAUGUCAGCGGCUGCCCACACCCCCACAUCCCCUCCGACCACUUCUCCCUCUUCGGCCAGAUGGAGCUUCUCCUGCCCAAUCUGCCCCCCCAGGUCAAUGGGCUCCAUCUGCCUGCUCGCAGGUAGUGAGUCCCUGCCACAUCACCACGAGGGGAGCAUCUCCCAUUCAGACCCUCCUCCCUCCCACUACCAGCCCCUCCCUCCACCAUUCCGGGGGAGGAAGACAAAUACACAACCUGUAAAAUAUUCGUACAGUGAGGUCUGGCCGACAGGGAUUUCGUAUAAUGUUAUAGAUAAUCUAUUUUUUUCUUUCUGUUUUUCUUUUUUUAACUGCUUGAUUCAGUCCUGUUUGUGUAUCAUAUUUUGUGUUUUGGACCCCCUCCCCCUCAAAUCCACCCACUUUGCUUCUGUCCUUCCACCCACAGGGGAUGGUAGCUCCUUCAGAUCUGUCACGUUGGGCCGCCGUUUGGUUUCAGAGCCGAAGGGACGACCCCCCCCGCUCAGGGUCUGCCUGUCUGUCCUGUAUAAAUUCAAAACCAGCAACGACAGCAGCCUUGUCAGUCUCGGACUUCCAUCAUUAACUUGUGCUUGUCCCGUCUCCCCCCCCUCCCCCCCCCUCCUAUCCCCGUGCAUUCUGGGCAGCCGGCACACUUUCUGUCUCCUUUGGACUCGCUCGUUAACUGCGUCGGGUUGUCUGGUCAGAUCCACCUUUUUCAAGAGCCCCCUCCCCUCACGGAGACGGGUGUGGCGAGAUAUCCCGCGUUCAUUGUGUGGCGCGGAGGUCUCUUGUGUGAUCCCGGCCUCCUGCGGUGCUACGAGAUAGUUUCCCCCCCCUCCGACUUGAGGAUCAGACGUCCCGGGAACCACCCGGUUCUCCUCAGGGCUGUACGUGGUGAGAAACUGAGGGCAGCUACCCAUCUUGUUGGCAGAUUCUUUUAACCCCAGCUUGUGUCAUUGUGAGGCCGGGCUUGUGCUGAGGAGCUCAUGUGGCCCCCCCGUACCCCCCCAUCUUCGGUCAAGGGAUUUAGGCUGAUGGGCAAAGUGAUAAAGGGGCUUUGACAAAUCUUUUCUUUGUCUCUGUUGCUUUUAGGCGGAGGGAGCAUGUAAGGUCUUAAACACAGGAGUAAAAACCAGCAUUCCUCUCACAGACACACGGGUCAUUUGCAGGCAGAUCUGUAGCACUGUCUCCGAGGCCAGUAGUGACUUUCCCCAGCCAUGAAAUCCAUACACAAAAGCCCUGGUUUUUCCACAAGUGUUUGUACAGAAUCGAAAUCUAGACUCCGUCUUUACAUGAUUGUAUAUGAACCACAAAAGACCGGUUUUCUGGCGUUUUUUUUGUACUAAAAGUAAAUUAUGAUCAGAUUUGAAAAAAAGGAUUGUAUUGUAAACUAUGGCUAAAUUUUUAUCCAGUUAAUGUUGAGAUGAAUUGAUAUUACCAGCUUGUACAAAAGACGUAAGAAGAGGUUGUUCAAGGCGUUCACUGUCACAACUUUGCACUCCCCAGCUGUUCACUGGUCCCUUUUCUCCCCCCCCCCCGUUGCCCCUUCUGUUGAUUUGAUACGUCGGCCUAUUGCUGCAAUUGUAAAUAGACCAGAGAGUAGUCUGCCUGUUGGUUCUCACCCAUUAACAGACCAUCGAUCCACAUCCGUUCAGACAAAAGGACACGCGCCGAUGAGUCGCCGCCCACCGGGGACUCUACAUCUGUUCAUCGCUAGAUCGCACACACACACACACACUAGUGAGGUGUGACCGAUACAACUAUUAUGAAUCCCACAUGUACAAGAAAAACAUCGUGCCUCACUGUAGCAGUUGUCGUUGUCUUGCACUAUCUACAUUUGACGAACGCCUGAACAACCUUUUCUCCUUUUUAUUUUUAAAUACUGUUGAGACAUGUGUGAAGAUUUUAUGUCCUUUUUAUUAUUUUUUGUUAAUGUUGGUUUCCUUUUUUAUGAGCUGUGACGAUGUUAUGAUGAUGUGUAUAUUCUUCCUAUUCAUUGAGCUCUAUUAAUCAGGUAUGCUUUCUCCCCCCCCCCCCUCACGGAACACGAGAUCUUUGUUAAGUCCACUCUGUGAUUGUCGGCCCCCUUUUUUGUACCUCAGUACAGCUCCACGCCCGGACCCCCCCCAUAAAUAUCUAGCCCUUUGCUAUUUCCACGGCCAUGAAAUCUAAAUCUCCUAAGCCCGACCUCAGACCCCCCCCCCCCACAUAUUACUCAAGCUGUGUCUUUUUAAAACCUUUUGCUGGACCACUCUGUGUAGCUCUUACCUUCGUCACUGCAGCUAUAGUGCCAUCUGUGGCCCCCCACCUCUGCAUCGGAGGAGGUGGGGGGCCCUUCUGCUUUUGGAUGAACCGGGGAUGGGGGGCAGCGAUUUCUCCCUGAAAGCCGGACAGGCGGCACGUUGCGACGAAUCAAAUUUGUGUCUCAGCAAAUGAAAUGAAUUCUACAGCCGUGUUUUUUUUACACUCAAUAAUCCAGACGAGCGCUAAAUGAAGCUCCCCCCCCCCCGCUGGUCCAUCUGUGGCAGAUGAAGAUUUACUUUAAUGUGUAUGUUGACACUUUUUAAAGCAAGAGGGAAGCGAGUUAAUAGGAAGUACACAUUUAGUCCUCUGGUUUCUUGUCCUCCCCCCCCCCCCCCCCCACAUGUCUGUCUUUUAAACUUUUUUUUUUUUUCUUCCAAAUGGAAACCGAUGUGUCCAGUUUGAUUUUUUUCUUUUUCUCUCCUGAAUGGCAUUAGUAUUGUAUUAGAUUUAAAGGUUAGCUUUUUUUGUAAAGUGUGAAUAAAAGAUGUAUCUCAUGUUUCCUUUCUAAAAAGAAAAUGAAUUGUGUUCUGAUGUGUAAAUCAUGAAUUCUAAGGCGGUGUUGUUUUUACUUGUACUCGAUAUAUUUCCUCCUCACACCGCUGAGCCGUGGUGCUGAUGAGAGCAGCUGGGGGGUCGGGGGCUCGUCAGCACACGGUGUUCCACCUGAUUUCUGCUUUUGUUGAAUUAGCUUCUCGGCUUUAUUUUGGGUGUUGCAUGGCACUAGCUGGAGAGUGCUGGUGCCUUUAGCGUAGGUCUCGGCACCAGAACCGCACUUCCGGCUGCUGUAAAGCGUGUUUUCCUUGUUUAGUUUUUGGGGGCGGAGCUAGCGGAGCUAGCGGAGCGCCGCUGCUCUGUGAUGACGGAGUACUUCUAGUCCGUUUCACUCUGUUCUUGUGCAUCACUGUGUUUAAACCUGUUACACUCGCUAGCUACUAUUGCCGCUCACUGAUGUGGCUGAAGUUUGCUUGUUGACUGCCCCCCCCCCCGCCUUGCCUCCCCACCCUUUAUUUUAAACCCCCGGACUACGACUUGCGAGUGAAAUUGCGGCGAAUGGCUGAGUCGCCCUGAAAGCUUUGGUCGCUUUAAUCUCCACUGUUGCAUUGUGUUUAAUAGUUGGCUUGUUUUUAGGUGUCAUUUUUCCCAGGGUGCAUCUCUUUGUAACGGUGCACCCCAAAGCGGCUUGUAGUCCUCUGUAGAGCAACCUGUCAUUCAUUUAGUUUGAUCCCCAUCGUAGUCUCAUGAAGCGUUGAUGGCUGUCAGGAAACCAACAACGUUGAGCCUUUUUUCCUUGAAUCACGUGAACAAAGUCAAGUCGUGUUCGGUUUCUCAAAAGACAUCAGAUUCUGAACGCAUCUUUUUUCCAAAACUUUCAAUGACACCCAGUAAACAUUCAGAGCCAAACAACAUGGCUAUUCCAAUAUUUGAUCUGUGAAAUGUGGUUUUAUCAUUUGCUGCUUUAGGGUUCUUCUGCUUUCAAUCUUCAACCUGCUUUCCUGCUUCGUUCCCCACGCAUCAUCCAUCUUGUAUAUUUGCUGAUCCAGUCGUAGUUGUUCAUUGAUCAGAAUUGUCUCUUUGUAGUCCGCUGAGUACAUUGAUCUGUGUCACUGUGUUUAUGCACUGGACCAACUAUUGUUUACCAUUCAUGAAAUACCAGCGAAAAGAGAAUAAUGUCUAAACACUUGCACAAUGUUGUAGAAUGUCCAUUGAUCCAGAUGAAAAAUCAAGGCAGCUGUUUUCAAAUCAACACCCCGUUUAAAAUAAGAAAGUGAAUGGUAAACAAUGCUUUCUGUUGUACCUUUAGCCGUCCUCUUCUCUUCGGACUAGUUUUUGUUUCUUUUUUUCUGUUUGACUACAACAGGUUCUGCUUGUUUCCUUUACACCUACCUAUGUAUUUUCCUACUUCUGGUUGAAAAUAAAUUCUAUAUUAUCUGUU